GUCCAGGGCAUCCUGGACUCCAUCGCGCGCCUCGAGGACCUGCGCGAGCACCCCCCGUUAGGGGUGUCUGGCAGCUUCGUCGCAGAGAUCGAGGCCCAGCCGGUCCGCAGGCGAGGCGAGCUGGAGGAGGCCCGCGCUGCGGCGGAGGUGGCCAAGGCUGCCGAGCUGCCGCGCCCAGCGCGCAUGCGCAGGGAGGCCAGCGCGGCGGGCACGGCAGAGAAGCGCCUUGACAGGGCCCGCAAGGCCCUCGAGGCCAAGCGCGAGGCGCGCGAGCUCGUCGAGCAGCUCGCCGCCCUCGACGCCGAGCUGGAGGAGGAUGAGGCCUUCCGCCGCUUGGAGGCCGAGAUCCAGGCAGCAGCGGAGGCCGAGCGGCUGCGCCAAGCGGCGGAGCUCGCUGAGCGCAGCCAUGUGCCUGGGCUCCUCACGCAGCUCCGUGGUCUGCAGGCGGCGCAUCGCGCCGGCAACUUCGAGUGCGCGUGGUCCGAGAUCGAGAAGCAGAUGCCGUCUGUGGCGGCGCAGCUCGCCCUGGCCAACGCACCGCCGCGCGAGUCCUGGGCGGAGAGCUGCCCCAUCGAUGACGAGCUGGACAUCAGCGACGACGAGGCGCCCCUGGCCUCAGCCGCCGACCAGGCGAGCGCGGCGGCGGCAGCGCUGCAGGGGCCGCAGCAGUGGGGCAGCCAGGCCUUUGACCUCGAGGUCGGCCAUGAGUGCUCCCUCUCAGGGCCGAGAUGCGGCGGCCAGGUGGGCCUGCCCUUCGGCCAGUCGGGCCCGCGAGGCGACAUCGUCCUGCCCGACAGGGAGGGCACGACGGGGGUUGGCCAGGUGAGCCACCCCACAGGGCUGAGGGGAUCGGGCAAGGUGGGCCCGCCCCGAGGCCAGCCAGACCUGCGAGGCAGCAGUGCCCUGGUCGGCAACCGCGGCCUGAGGAGGGUCGGCCAGGAGGGCCACCUCACAGGGCUGAGGGGAUGCGGCCAGGUGGGCCCGCCCCGAGGACAGUCGGACCCGCGAGGCGAGUGCGCCCUGGCCGACAGCCUGUCAGGAGACGGCCAUGCGCGGCCCCCUCGUGAGCUGACGGCACCGAGGUGGCGCGGCGCGCAGCCCUGCAUGAGCCCAAUGGUGCGGCCAGGAACGCCGCUGCGACCACCACCUGGCGGCCAGGAAGAGGGCAGGCGCGGUGGGAGUCAGCCCCACGUCGACGCAGCACCUGCCCUCGGCGGCGGCAGGGAGGCGCAGCUGGGCGGGCCGGGACAGCAGGCAGGAGGAGUAAAGCGUGUGGACGCGGCUGACGCCAUCAUCGGGAGCAGGGUGCGCGACCUCGACCCGACGGCGCAGGCGCCGACGGCCGCGUUCGCCGAGGCCCUCGCCAGCGGCCUCGUCGUGCUGGGCUGCAGCGGCAGCGGAUGGCGACGCUCCUUGGAGGCGCUGGAGGGCCACGCCCGCCUGGUGGGCCUCUCUCACCGACUGCUGGGAGUGGAAGUGAUGAUGCCGUCGGGCCUGGAGCUCAUGGUCGCCUCGGCCUACUUCGAGCACAGCAUCGGGCCGAGGGCAGGCAACCUCGACCUGCUGCGAGCGGCGGCGCAGCUCACCAUGGCUUCUGGGCGCGCGCCGUGGCUCCUGCAGGCGGACUUCAACAUGGAGCCAGCGGCCUUACAGGAGCUCAGCUGGCCAGAAUGCCACUACGGAGUGGCCAUCGGGCCUUUGGCCCCGACUUGUUUUGCCGAGAAGCAGGAGAAGACCUUCGACUGGUUCGUGGCGUCGCAGGACCUGGCGCACGCAGCGAGUACCUGUCGUCCUGCGCCAGGCCCGGGGCUCCUCCCUCACUCGCCUGUGGAGCUCACCCGCCAGGGCGCGAGGCCAGAUGCGCUGGUCCAGGCCCUGAAGAAGCCGCGGCCUUUCCCGCAUCGGGACAUCAAGGCCUGCGAGGCCCAGGAAGGUGAGCGGCCAGGCAGCCUCGCGCUCGGCCGGCGGCAGUGGAUGGCAGUGGAUGGCCUGACGCUGAUCGGCAUCCACGGCAUCGACCAGCAGCAGUGGGGCCAGCACUGCGGCCGAGAGGCGGAGGCGGCGGAGGAGCACCACACGUCGCACGAGGGCUGGCACAGCAGCGAGGCCCACAGGCGCUGCAAGCGCCUGGUUCUCGAGCUGGAUGCUGCAGCCAGUAGCGGGCACGGCUUCGACAUCGGUGGCGACCGGGAGGAGCUGAUCCACGUCGCGCGCGUGAAGGGCGUCGCCGAGGCAGUCAUCGUGCUACGUGGGCGGCCUGCAGCGGCGCACCGCCAUGACGCCAGCAGGUCGCAGGCGGAGUGGAGGGAGUGGGCGGAGGUGGCGGUCCAGCGGGGCGGGCGCCUGGCGCACCGCUUCGCCCGAGAGCGGCUGCUGGCCAUCACGCAGGAGCUUGAGGACGCCCCCUGCAAGGUCUGGCCGGCUGCUACCAGGAUGGCGCUCAUUCCGAAGCCCGCGGGCGGCGUCAGGCCGAUCGCGCCGCUGCCGCUGAUGUUUCGAUUGUGGAGCCGCCUGCGCCAGCCUGUGUGCAGCCAGUGGCUACCAGAGCUCGCGCUGCGUGGCCAUGGCGGGGCUGUGCACGGCGGCGUUCACCACCAGCGGCACGAUCCUGGCUGGCUGCGCGCGUGCCGCUGCCUGGCCAAGUUGCCCAUGCUGGACCCGCUCCUGGCGAUGACGGUGGGUCGCCCCCUCGUCUGCCCCGGGAACGUGGUCGACGACGUGUCCCUGCAGGCCAUCGGCACCGAGCGCCUGGUGGUGCAGCAGCUCAGCGAGGCGGGGGCCCAGCUGGUCUCCAUGCUCGUGGCGCGGCACCUGCUCGCCAACGCGACCAAGACCCACCUCCUGGCCAGCACCCCCGCGGUGGCGAGAGGGCUGAAGGAGAGGUGGCAGUUCCACGGGUGGUCCUUCAGCCAGGAGCUGCAGGCCAGGAACCUCGGCACCGACGCCUGCUGGCGCGCAGAGGAGUCGCCGAGAGUGCUGCCAGGGCUCGGCAAGCCCUGA